GUUAAAGUGUAAGCCUCGUCGCUUCGUUCGGCGCAGUUGGGCUUUGCUGGGAGUUCCUCCGCUGCUUUUAGAAAAAGGAUCCCAGCAAUGCGUUUCCCCAGACACGGACACGGAGCUCGGUGUACUGCGCCCUCGGACCCCUCCGUCCACCAACUUUUCUUUUUUGGUUCUUUUCAAAAAUAAUCCAACUUCUGUGCGUAAAAAUCGCCGCACGCCAACACGACCCGCGCCGUGUGUGUGGCAUCAAACUUUUAAUAAUCACUCAAAUCCACUAUUUAUUUGUCUUCUCACCAUCUGCCCUUUCUGUUUUGAAUUAGCCCCUUUUAAAGAAACACCCACAGCUGUGUGCGUGUGUCCGAGCGGUGCGUAAAAAGGCCCCGCGGCUCGAUUUUUUUUUCUUUCUAUUCUCAUCCGCGACCAUCGAAGUGCAGCUUUUCCCAGCUGAUAAAUAAACGACCCGGUUGGAUUAUUAUAAUUUUUAAAGUUGGCGGUGUUAUCACUCACAGAUCUCGCUCCGUUUGGAGAGUUGUGUGUCCUUUUUGGACUGCGCACGGCUCCGGAGUUUAACAUAUGGCAUAAAGGGGAGCACAGCUGGAGGUAGCGUUUCCAUUGCGGUGAUGUCAGAGCAGCUGACUCCACAGCUUGCAGUGUAAUUAGCAAACAGAGCAGCAGUUUACUCACUCACUCUGCGCUGCUCUUAUUUUUUUUUUUCCUCCUGUUCUUCACGCCGGCCUCCCUCCUCCCUCCCCCCCCGCGAUGGACGAGUCGGAUCAUUCCCAGUCCCGCUUCUUGCUUGUUCUGUAAACACCGCUGUUUUGUGUGCGCUCGGAGACGCACCGGUGCGUCACUAUCCGAUCACAUUUUUUGGAGGCGCAGCGCAAGAAGUGUGGCUGACUGCCUCCACGGCCAAUCCGACUUGGAUCAGCGGAUCCGUCUGCAGCCGUGGUCCAUGGGUUAUGAAGGAAGAAUGGAGUUCCCAGACCAUAGCCGCCAGUUGCUGCAGUGUCUGAGUCAGCAGCGUCACCAAGGUUUCCUCUGUGACUGCACUGUUCUUGUCGGCGAGGCUCGAUUCAGAGCGCACAGAGCCGUGCUGGCCUCCUGCAGCAUGUACUUCCAUCUCUUCUACAGGGACCAGCUAGACAAAAGGGACGUUGUGCAUCUCAACAGUGACAUUGUGACAGCCCCUGCUUUCAGUCUGCUCCUUGAAUUUAUGUAUGAGGGGAAGCUGGAGUUCAACACUCUGCCAGUGGAGGAUGUCCUGGCAGCAGCCAGCUACCUCCACAUGUAUGAUAUAGUGAAAGUGUGUAAAGGCAAGCUUAAGGAUAAGGAAGUUUCGUGCCUGGACGAGAAGUUGGGCGAGGGUUUGGGACUCAGCUGCCUGGACAGGGAAAAUUCCUCGGAUGGCGAGCUGCACAGUAAGCAGCUACUCCGGCGACAGCUCCAGUCACAGUCUCUGGGGCUUCACAGGGCCCCCCCGGCAGAAGAGUUUGACAUGGACAACAGCGAACUCAGGCUGGCUGUCACAGAUUGUGAUAGGUCUACACGGAGCAGGCAGAAGGCGAACGGUCACUCUGGCAGGUCCCCGGACCUUGUAAGUGUCAAUUAUGUGUCAGCAGAGGCCGAGCCCUGCGUCCAAACAGCUGGAAAAACAAAAGCUGAUGUCAGUAGUUCCACCGUAUUGCUGUCCCAGAGGUCCCGGGCUUCAGAUGACAUGGACUGUGCACUGGAUUUGUCUUUCAAGCCUCUGUCUAGCAGAGAUCCCUUACACCCCUCCUACGUCUCGGGACAGCUGGCCCUCGACAGCCAGCAGCAGGGCAUUGAGCCACUUGUUAAAGACGAACACGACUUGCUGUCAGAGCAGGAGGACAGUGAGCCGAUGAGCCCUGAGAGCCAGCGCUUUGGGAAUAGUGCCAGGAGCUCGGUGGUGACAGGGUUCGCUGCCCUCUUCCCAGGCAACAACGGCUCUACAGCCGCCCUGCUCUCCCAGGAGGAGGACCUGAUGGACGAGGAGGGGGAGGCCUGCAGAGGGAGGGAGGGCGCCCCGGGCAGGGCGUUGGAGGAGCGGAGGGGCAGACUGCUGGGGGACAGCGAGGAGGAGGAGGAGGACGACUUGGCCUCUUCAGACAUCUCCACCUCCAGCGGCGUGCUCCUGCCCCCGGGGCAACAGGUGUGUGUGUGCCCCCUCUGCAGCAAAGUCUUCCCCAGCCCCCAUGUGCUGCAACUGCACCUCAGCUCACACUUCCGCGAGAAGGAAGGCGCUCGCUCCAAACUGUCCCCGGACGGUUCGGUCCCCACCUGCAUGCAGUGCAACAAGACCUUCUCCUGCAUGUACACCCUUAAGCGCCACGAGCGCACACACUCUGGCGAGAAGCCAUACACCUGUGGCCAGUGUGGCAAGAGCUUCCAAUACUCUCAUAACUUGAGUCGGCAUGCUGUAGUGCACACACGUGAGAAGCCUCACGCUUGCAAGUGGUGUGAGCGGCGCUUCACCCAGUCCGGGGACCUCUACCGCCACAUCAGGAAGUUUCACUGUGGCCUUGUCAAGACUCUCGCCAUCGGAUAAAACACCUCUCACCAGUGCCAUGGCAUAAGACAGAAAAUGUCUUUUCAUACACUGAAUACAAUUACUGAACCAUUCUCCUGUUAGUAUACACACGUUUGUGGCCGUCUGUCGGAGACAUAUCUUUUGGAUUCUAACCCCAUGUGGCAUUUCUCAAGUCUGAAAAGAUGUAGCAACUUCUGAGACUGGAGCUGUUUACUGUGCCGACGAUGUUGAAGGUGCACAGGCUGCUCAGAUCAACAUGGGUGCUGUGAAAUUCAAGCUGGAUCUGUGUGAGCGACGAUGAACAAAUCAGACGAUGCACUUGUUUAUUUCUGCCCUGUUUAAGUCAAUCUGUUGAGUUUAUUUAGUGAGAGGAAAAAAAAAAAAACAUCCUAUGUUUUUACCCUCUGGGUAAUGAUGUCUAAUGCUAACAUAUGUUAAUACAAUCUUUAGAGUAGGUGAGACUUUUGUGCACAUGGGAGAUCAGAACCGUCCGUGAGUAGCAAUAUAUGAUUUGUUUUUAAAGCUUCUACAUUUAUUAUUAUUAUUAUUAUUAUUUAUUAUUUGGGAUUUGUUUAGUCCUCUAACAAGUAAACUAUCAUAAGGCAGCAAAACUAAUGAAGUCUGACUACUGGAAGUAUGAUUAAUAUUAUUGUUCACAGUUAAUGUUUGGUUGAAAUGAAGUCAACUACAGUUUUAUGUUGUUUAGAACAAGAGGCCCAGACCAUUACAUCAUCAUGUUUCUUUUUUUGCAUUGGGGAGAGUUAACAGCUCUUUUAGUUACUAAUGUAAGCGAGCACAUAUCGAUGACACGGCCUUGUAAUUGCUACUUAAAAAGAAAAAGUUGUAUAAGCAGCGGAGGGAUGGAGAACUAGUUGGGAGCUGAUGCCUGUAACACUGGUGCCUACUGAAGUCCUCAACCUAAAAACAAGAAUGAUAUAUAUAUUAUCAUGCCUUCAAAUCUGGAUCACACUCCCUAUACCAGGUCAUAACAAAGGUAAUCGUCUGCUCUGGAAUGAUCCAAGCGUGUCCUUUAAUUAAAUCAUUUUUUUUUACAAGAAUGUAAUAAAAGUAAAUCAAGCUCCUGUCAGUUAAAUGUUUAUUGGCGUGUUUGGGUUAAAAGCAAAUUUUUGCCAGUAAAUUACCUUGUUAUUUCCUGGUAUGGCAUCUAAAGGGCACGCUGAUGUGGUGUUUGAGGCCAACCCUCCGCAGGCAGGGCGGGGAAAGACGGAGACAGGUGGAUGUUCGGUGCUUUUGUCAGUUGUCGGCGCCGUCUGUUCGUCAAAGAUGUGCCAUUUGGCCGAAACCUACUGACUUUUCUUUCUCCGAAAUUAACUUUCUCCACAUUUAUUCUUACUGUACGUGUGUCUAAAUUACUACUGAUGAAGUUGGAGCCUUUAGCGGCGCUCGUCCUCGAAAGAAUCUUUUGGGCGGGAAGUGGAUUUUUCUUCCGUCCGUUCUCGAGAGGAGGUGUGGCGCUAAAAGUUCCUGAUAUUUGUCUAUUCUGUCCUGAGAAGACUUGAUCAGAAUUUUAUUUAUUAGUUUGGUUCAGGGUUUACUGUAGCUGUAGUUCUUGUUUCUAUGAGCUUGAGAGACGCCACGUCUUGCCUAUAGCGAUCUUGGUACUCAUUAACUGGUAUUUGGGGGCUGUCUGUUUAUUUUCUCUGUGCAAAUCAAGUUACUGUAAUUGUAUUUUUAAUACACCAUGUAGAAACCUCUGUCGAGUGUUUAUGAUGUGUCACAUGGAACAUAGAGAAGCACUUGUUUUUAGCAUGCAUAUAGUUUCAACACUAUUGUCUAGGCUGCUAUUUCUUACUGUUUGUAUAUUUAAUGUAAAUAUAUAUUCUAUUUAUCAGACUUUGUUUGUUUUUCCGUGUGACAUCACGCGUCGAGGAGAGUCAGGUGUCUUAUCGAGGCGACACGGCCUCUUAAAAGUGUCACGUCUUCCAGAGGGGGUUUGGGUCCUUCUUUCUUUUUCCUCCAUUUUUUAAAGACUUGAUUGGACUCCGCCUCGCUACAAAUCAGAGCAGUGAGUAAGCGCUCCGGCUGCUGUUCGGCCACAGGAAACAGCGGUUCACAAGCACAGCCACAUUGAUACGGCAUCGGCUACCUAUAGAAACGAGACAAUACAGGCAUUGUCCCCCCCCCACCACCACCACCACCUCCCUCCCUACCAAGUCCCAGGUAGUUCUCAAGGGAUCAUUGUGUAUCUCUCUCUCGGAGCUGUGGGGAGAAAAGCCAGCGCAAGUCUCUCUUUGCACUUUUCUGUAUUGAAUGGAGCCCUUGGAAUGUGAGAAAUGUAUUUGGCAAAGGGAGACCAAGGAGACUGUAAACAGGUGUAUUGUUCGGAGGCAUCAAAGAACAGACCCCCGCCCCCCCGCCCCGUCCCAGCACGUAGUAGAUAAACGCUUCAUUGUUCCCCUACAUGCAGAAGUACCACGGUGAUUUGAUUGCACACAUCUAUCAAGAGAAUAUCAGAGCAUUGUUUUCAAGAAAAGUUGCCGAGACUGAAUACGCGGAAUAUCUGGUGGUAGAGGUCAGACGGAGGUGCUCUUAACCUGUCCAUUUCAGCAGAGACACCCUGAGGUGUUGUUUUUCUUCAAGGUUUCUUUCAGGACACAAAAACAUAAAUUCACAUGUGAUUCCUGAGCGUCUGCAAAGGUUUCAAGCGGAGAAACCCAAGUCGAGAAGAAAUCAGACCCUUUUUUUUUUAUUACACGCAGCCCACCUGACUUGCCAUCACCGGUCAGGGAGGUUGUUAUUUGACUCCUCCUGGUUUAUUUGCACAGACACUCCUGUUGUUCGCACGACACAUUUAUGACUUUGGUUAUUCAUCAGAACAAUAGACUUGUGUCGGAUACAUAGAUGCCGCAUUAGUGUUAAUAAUGUAUAUUUCAAUCCAAUCGCAGGAAUGUAGAUUGUCACUGUUUCCUUUCUUCUAAAGUGCAAGUUAAAAAUCACUUGAUUCUCUAAUGUACAUGUGUACAGAGGUAGCUGAUCAGACAAACUAAUGACACGUGAAAGGGUCUUUUCUUUCUUUUUAUUCUUUGCCGUCUUUAUUUAUACCUCCAGGAUGAUCGCCACAUGUGCCUUGUAGACACACGGAUAGGUGUUGCAUCUGGAGAAGGCCUUUUUCAAUACUGUACAUUUUUGCCCUAGACGGCGGUGUCAACGUUCACAUCACAGCUACAGUGGCUCGCCCACUAAUGUGAAACCCUUCGCAGCUGUUGUUCCUGUUUUUCAAUUCUAUCAUAUCAAAAAAAUGUAAAUCCUGACAAACUGAAAGUUUGAAGUCCAUUUAUUUUUGCUGCUUUGAGAGAGAUUACAUCGACGUUUAGAGAUUGAUUUCACCUUUUUUUUUUUUUUUUUGUCUGUGACUAAAUCUGUUUUGGAUUUUUGUUAAACUGAAGACAAGCAUUUGUGUUUUGGCUCUUUAGAAGCCAGUGCUAGUGGGAACUAACAGUAUGUUCCUGAGUUAAUGUCACUGUUGAAUGUGAAACACUGAGAUUUGAUUGUUGACUUUUGUGGAGACGGUGCCUCUCUCGACUGAGGGCCGUGCUCUCCUAACUCAUGCUGUAUGAUCUUUUUAAGUAAAAAAAAAAAAAAAAAUGACUUUACCGAUACUGGAAUUUUGUCCUCUGCAGGAUACAACUGUGAAAUUGUGUAUAAUCAUGAGAAAUAUUUAUUAUUGCAUUUUGCUUCUUGUGCAACAUUUGACUGUUUCUGUUUUAAUUUGGUUUAAAAAAAAAAAAAAAAGACAAAAAGCUUCUAAAUGUCAAACGAAAAGUCUUUUUAAUAGAAUUUGUAGAAGUGCCAUUAGAUUUUAAUAUAAUUUUUUUAAUAAGAAAGGUAUAUUUUAUAGUAAUCAAUUGCUUCAGUGUUAGUGGUGUAGAGAUUAGAGGACAAUCUUUAUGCAGAAUUGACAUUGCUUAGAUAUUGAGGCAAUUUAAUUUGAUCUAUAACUGUAUGUGCAUUUUCUUUGUUUGCGCUUUUGGAGUGUGCUUGUGUGUGUGUAUGUGUGUGUGUGUGUGUGUGUGUGUGUGUGUGUGUGCUGUGGAAAUGUGACAAUCUUGAUUUAGGUCUUUAUUAAGAUUAUGCAUAGAAUUAAAUGGAACAACUUUC